GUUCGCUGCUGGGACGACCAUUUGCCACAAGUUGUCUUUUUUGUCUGUUCCAGGCUGUUGCCUCUAAACUGGACGUGCCAGAAGACCUUAUGGGAUAUUUCAGCCUGUAUCUCAUUAAGGAUGGAAGCAACAACUCCUUCUCCUUUGUACGUAAGCUGCAGGAGUUUGAGCUGCCAUAUGUAUCUGUCACCAGCCUACGCAACCAGCAGUACAAAAUCAUCCUGCGCAAGAGUUACUGGGACACCUCAUAUGAUGAUGAUGUGAUGGAGAGCAGAGUUGGCCUCAACCUGUUAUAUGCUCAGACGGUGUCGGAUAUUGAGCGGGGCUGGGUGCAAGUGACCAAGGAGCAGCUCAGGCAGUUGAAGUCUCUGCAAGAGAAAGUGUCCAAGAAGGAGCUCAUUCAGUUGGCGCAAACCCUGAAGUAUUAUGGGUAUCUGAAGUUUGACCCGUGCGUCACAGACUUCCCGGAGAAGGGCUGCCAGGUGAUCGUCAGUGCCGGAAACAACGAACUGAACUUUCAGGUCAAACUACCCAAUGAGCAUAUGAAGGAGGGAAGCUUCAAGGUGACACGGAUGCGCUGCUGGCGGGUGACGUCUUCGGUGCCGCUAAAUGCUGGGACAGGGAGCCCCAAUAAAUCCGAGGUGAGAUUAGAGCUGGCAUUUGAGUACUUGAUGAGCAAAGAGAGACUUCAAUGGAUCACAAUCUCGAGCCCCCAGGCCAUAAUGAUGAGCAUUUGUCUACAGUCUAUGGUGGAUGAGCUGAUGGUGAAAAAAAAUGGAGGAAGCAUCAAAAAGAUGCAGCGGAGAAGUCGGUCGUCCUUGGUGCGGCGAUCAGACAGUCAGCCAGCAAUUAAGUCUCCACCACUGUUGGACUCUCCAGACUCCAGCAGGGAACCUAUUGCCAAGUUGUCGAGUAAGCUCAGCUCAGUCAGCCUCCGCGGAAUCAGCAACUCCAGCUCUGCCAAUGAUAUGAGUUCUGAUGACUUCCACGGCAAUUACGCCUUUGAGGGUAUAGGAGAUGAGGACCUGUGAAGGGGAAAGCUCAUUAGCUGCAGCAGACCACGCAAAGGUCACUUUACUUAGAAGAUGCCUGUAUCUCCCAAUGGAGGCACCAGUCCUGCCCGUGCCAUCAAAAUGCUUUACCAAGACAAUGGGAUGUAGGGGCAUGCGUUAAAACAACAGCAUCAUGAAUACCAUGUAGCUCAUCCCGCACUAGAUGGCUGCUGCAGUAAUAUGACUUUGGCUCUCUGUAUCUAGAGCUCAGCUUGCACAUGUAACCCAGAUAUUUGCACACACAGGAGGUGAGAGAGAAGUUCUUUUGGCUGAGACAUGGAGAGCGCACCACGGUUUCCUCUUGUGUCUUCUGUAGUAUUUAGGCAUUACUGGCUCACAUAACUCACAGGUGGCUUCUUCUGUAGUGUAAUUGUCAGUAGCCUGAUUUGUGGUACUCAGGAUGCCAAUCUGACCAAAUUCUAACCGACAUGUAAAUGAGGUGCCAAUGCGCCGCCUGCUGCAGCCGUUUCCUCGUUGUAUGAGGCCUCACAGCACUAAUUAUAGUAUACGCACUAGUGACUUUAGACAUUGCGAGUGGUCAGGGUGAUAGUAACCUAACUACCCUGUGCCUUUUUCUUAUUAGAAACCUUAAUCUUUUAUAAAAGGCCAAAAUGUGAGCAUAUUUCUCUUUUUAACCUGGAGCAGGAAGCUGCUCGGUGAAUGAAGGGUAAAAUGUGUUUUCAUGCUGUGUCAGAUUUGCCAAAUUAGUGUUAAUUCUAUAUGUACAUAUAUAAAUAUUUCCUCUUUUCUUUGCACAUAAAGUGAUUCAAUUAGCUUUUUUUUUACUGAGGAGCCACAGUACGGAGCAGACAUUAAUCAUUUCCAUAGACAUUUAAUUAACUUCUUACUGCAAAUGUAGAGCGGCCAUCUUGCUAUGUUUACAGAUCAAGUCUUGAUGAAUGAUAUAUAAAGUUUACAAAUUGCUAAUGACAUAAAAAAAAACUUUGAUCCA